AGCUUUUAGGUCAGCCUUCCUGAACUGGAGGGGUGUGGCAUACAUGAAAAUUAAUCGUUAAUGACCCGAUGGAGCUUAUAAAGUAGCUUGGGAGAAACCAGCCACCAAAGCAUCUCAAAUUGGAUGAUUUUGCAUGUGGAAACUGCUUUCAUCUUGAUAAAAACAAGGUCCCCUCUACAGCCACCUCUAGAUGGCGAUGAUGCUGUUGCUGCUUUCCGUGCUGGCUGGCCUGGUCGCCGUAGCAGAGGGACAAACUUUUCAUCUCGGACAAUGCCCGACUCCAUCUGUGCAGGAGAAUUUUGAUGUGAAUAAGUAUCUGGGAAAAUGGUAUGAAAUUGAGAAGAUCCCAGUGAGCUUUGAGAAAGGAAGCUGCAUCCAGGCCAACUACUCGCUAAUGGAAAAUGGAAACAUCAAAGUGAUAAAUAAGGAGUUGAGGCAGGAUGGAACCGUGAACCAAAUUGAAGGUGAAGCCACCCAGGUUAACCUCACAGAGCCCGCCAAGCUGGGGGUGAAGUUUUUCUGGUGGACGCCAUCAUCACCAUACUGGGUCCUGGCCACUGACUACGAGAACUAUGCCCUUGUGUACUCCUGCACCACAAUUAUCUGGCUUUUUCACAUGGAGCAUGCCUGGAUCUUGGGAAGACACCCUUAUCUCCCUCCAGAAACGGUGACCUAUCUAAAGGAUAUGUUGACUUCCAAUAACAUAGACCAUGAGAAAAUGACUGUCACAGAUCAGGUGAACUGCCCUGAUUUCCUGUAAGCAGGCUGCAUCCACUCCAUGUUACUUCUGCUUUGCUUUCCCUCACCCCACCUGCCCCUCAUAAAGACAAACCCAAACCGACCGACUGCAACAAACCAUCCCAAAUACCAGAGGGAAAUGUGACCACAGAAGCCCGUGGAGGGGAGCUGGAGGAAAGUUGGCCCAAUACUUAGCCCUACCCUGUUACCUUGCUAGCCCAAUAAUAAAUGUGUUGCUGACCUGCUGGGCUCACA